UAACCUGCCAGGAGCGCAGGCUAAAUCCUGUUUACAUGAAAUAAACCUGCUCCCGAGCAGGUUCAAGCUUACGGAUAUGUUGCUAUGACAACAAAUGCUAGAAGCGCAUCGAAGAACGAAACAAUCCAAGAUCAGGACAAAUCCACAACAAUCAACCCCAGCUAACUGAGUUAGCGACGUACGAAGAACGGACCCCUGUGAAAUAAUAUUAGUAUUGCUUCGCUUCGCAAGCACCACUUAAUAAUAAGCAGAACAAAUAUGAGACUUUUAUUUUGUAUAAAGCCUACCAACCCGGAAGUAGAAAGAUCAAAUUCGAUAGUCUCGCAACAUUGAGCAGCAAGCCUUUAUCACGGGAAUAUUUUGAUUGUCAUGUUUCAUAAACGCUGAUUAACUUGCAUUUGACUCGAGUAAUUAUCCCUAUAGGACGCGCCAACAUAUUUAACCAUCGAGUUGAUUAUGCAUUAAGGUAGAUGUCCAUAACAGUAGCAACCUCAAAUGCUCCACUGCUAAGGGGAAACAACAAACAGCAACUGGUGAAGAACCAUCCGACUUUUUGUGUGGCAGAACCUGAUGUGAAAGUGAAGUGGUGGGGUGAAUAGUUUAGGAAAGCUGUAUCAGGAAGUGCCAAUGGCUUUCCUUGACAACCCCACUAUUAUACUGGCCCACAUCCGACAGUCCCAUGUGACUAGUGAUGACUCAGGAAUGUGUGAGAUGGUGCUGAUUGACCAUGAUGUUGACUUGGAGAAGUGUUAUUUAGGUGCCAUACCUGCUGGUAGUGGAUUAAUGGGUUUGUUAGGGGAUGGCGUAAGUGGAGAUGUGCAGCCCUGUGACCUUUCUCAAUCUGUGGACAUCACUUCCAGUUGGGACUUUGGUAUUCGUCGUCGCUCCAACACAGCUCAAAGGUUGGAAAGGCUAAGAAAGGAAAGACAGAACCAGAUCAAAUGUAAAAACAUUCCAUGGAAGGAGAGGACAUCUUCUCAGUCAGCUGAAGACUUGAGUUUUCUUUUUGAGAAGAAAGACUUUAAGGACAGGCCUCGAAGCUCAGGCUCCAAAUCCACCCUUUCUCUGCGCCUAGAGCAGUGUCCUCAACAGUUGAAUAACCCCUUUAAUGAGUACUCCAAAUUUGACGGCAAGGGCCAUGUAGGUACAACAGCAACCAAAAAAAUAGAUGUCUACCUCUCAAUGCAGUCGACCCAAGAGAAGUUGCAUCCUAUGAUGGUGGUGACAAUGGCAAAUGCUCGAGUCCAUGAUCUUAUUGGUCUUAUUUGCUGGCAAUACACCAGUGAGGGUCGUGAACCAAAACUAACUGAAAAUGUCAACACGUACUGCCUCCACAUAGCAGAGGAUGAUGGAGAGGUGGAUACAGAUUUUCCUCCUCUAGAUUCCAAUGAGCCCAUCCACAAGUUUGGUUUCAGCACACUUGCGCUGGUGGAGAAGUACUCAUCUCCAGGACUAGGGCCAAAGCAGUCCGUUUUUGUCAGAAUCAAUGCAGCUCAUGGUUUCUCGUUGAUUCCAGUGGACAGUUUAAAGGUUACCAUGAAAGAGAUUUUACAGAGGGCCCUCAAGAAAAGAAAAGGCUCACAAAAAAGUCCAGGCCCUAUGUAUCGUUUGGAAAAGCAGAUGGAACCAAAUGUGGCAGUGGAUCUAGAAACUACACUGGAGAGCCAGAAUACACUGGAGUUCUGUCUAGUUCGAGAAAACAGCUCCAGAGGAGAGGAGAGCUCAGAAGAGGACCCACCCAUAGACAUCAAUACAGUACAAGAUAUGUUGAGCAGUCACCACUACAAAUCCUUCAAGAUAAGCAUGAUCCACAAGCUCCGCUUCACUACGGAUGUUCAGCUAGGUAUCUCAGGUGAGAAGGUUGAGAUUGAUCCUGUCACCAAUCAGAAAACAAGUACUAAGUUCUGGAUAAGACAGAAGCCCAUCUCCAUCGACUCAGACCUGCUUUGUGCAUGUGACCUGGUAGAGGAGAAGAGUCCAAGUCAUGCAAUUUUUAAGCUCACAUAUCUUAGCAACCAUGACUACAAGGUUCUUUACUUUGAAUGUGAUGCUGCUACAGUUAAUGAGAUUGUGCUAAAGGUGAACUACAUCCUUGAGUCUCGAGCCAGCACCUCAAGAGCUGACUAUUUUGCACAGAAGCAACGCAAACUCAGCCGUCGUACCAGCUUUAGCUUUCAGAAAGACAAGAAAUCAAGCCAAUAGGACAUAGUUAGACUUCUGAUAAUGAGUGUCUCAACGAAACAAUGACAAAAACAAAAGAAAAAUUAUGAAUGGAAGCCUUUAAUUGAAGAAUGUGUAAUACAGUAUGUACAGGAUAGAAGAAGUGGAAACCAUAAUAACAAUGACAGAAGAUUGGGGAGGGGUGGUGGGGGGCGGAGAUCGUGUUGAUUGGAGGAAAAGAAAAAACAAUAAUGCAAAUGUAUAGACAUUAAAGAAGGUACAGUUGUGAGGUUAACAUUUAGCCUAAAGAGACUAAGUAUGGGAGACUCCAUAGUUAUAAACUUCUCAGGGUCUAUCUCCAUAUUAAACUUAGCCAUUAGUAAUAUACUGUAAGGACAGAGAUUCUACACAUUGUGUCAGCUUUAGUGUUUCUUUUUUUGUAUCAUGUCCACUGCAUACAAUUCUAGCUAAUUCAUUUAUGCGGACAUAAGAUCAAGUCAAGGUUUUAAAAAUCUCACAUAUCUUUUACCCAAAAAUAUAAACAGUAUUUAAGAUUGCUUAAAAAAUCUUAUUCAUACAGGUAAAUUAAAGAAUGGCAUUGGUGGCUCAGUGGUAGGUUUCUCGCCUGCCAUGCGGAAGGCCUGGGUUCGCUUCUCAGCCAGUGCCCAAACCCCAGCCACUAGAUGCAGUGCUGGUCCCAUGCCCAGAUAACGUGGAAGGGUUGUGUCUGGAAGACCAUCCGGUGUCAAACCUGUGCCAAGUUGUUGUGCGGAUUGGAUGGUCCACUGUGGCGGCCCCUCUAUGGGAACAGCCGAAAGACUAACAAGAACUGGUAAAUUAAAGACACGUUGGGGAGCAAUGCAUUUUUUUCUUUAACAACGAAAUUGAACCAAACAUAUUGUUAAUAAUACAUUUGGCUGUUAAGUUCCAGAAAUCACAAAUGCAAUCAGAUAAAUUAUUAUUGUAUAUUUUUUGAUUCUGUGUUUUAUUGUACUCAUCCUAGCUACCAAGGGUGAUAAGAAUCACCCUGUUGUGUGUGCAUGCACUGAUGCUGGGAUUUUCCUACAAGGAUAUAUUGACAUGUCAGUAUAAUACAUAGUGCUGUCAUACAAAUAUUGUUCCAUUUUUAUUUUCCAUCUCAUGUACUGCCCACUGGAACAUGUAAACAUAAUAUGUACAUGAUAUGGCCAUGAUAUACACUGGAGAUCAAAAUUAGAGAACAAUU